CUAGCUUUGUGUUUGCUCAGAGUCAAUGGCAAUGCAAGCAAUGGUUUGCGAGAAAAUGUGACAAUUGAGCGGUCAUGGCGUCGUCUCUUCCCCCCGUGUUAGCGGCUCUUCUGCUUCUGAGCCUCGCCCAUGGCUCGGCAGCAAAGGUGUGCAACAAUGGCGGCAUGGGCCGCGAAGCAGCGAUGCUCAAGCUGCUGGGACGAUAUGACGAUGCCACCACUGAUUAUGCAACACGUGUCAGAGCUGACAGGCUUUCCCUUCCUGUCCCAAGGAAUUCUGAAGCUGCAAUAGCUGGAGUUGCAAGUAGUCGAAAGCUGUUGGGGGAAAGGAGUGGACAGAUGAGCCCCGCCAGCUUGCCGGAGACGUUUCUGCGCCCAUUUUCGUUGCAUGACGUUCGGCUGCUGAAGGGCUCGCAGUAUGAGAGAGCGCAGCAGACGAACCUGGAGUACCUGCUGUACUUGGACGUUGACAGACUGGUCUGGAGUUUCCGUGCAACAGCAGGGCUUGCCACUCCAAGCGCUCCGUAUGGUGGCUGGGAAGACCCCAAGGGCGAGCUACGAGGCCACUUUGUAGGGCACUACCUCAGUGCUUCCGCCCUGAUGUACGCCGGCACAGGCAACACCACUUUGCACGCCAAGAUGCAGUACCUGGUCCGUGCGCUCGCCGAGUGUCAAGACCACAUGGGAACAGGUUAUCUGUCUGCGUUUCCUACCGAGGAGUUUGACCGAGUGGAGGCGUUGCAGCCAGUCUGGGCACCAUACUACACAAUACACAAGAUCAUGGCCGGGCUGCUGGACCAGUACACGGUUGCGGGCGACGCGCUGGCGCUUGCCGUGGUGGUGCGCAUGGCGGACUACUUCAAGGCCCGCGUGGAUGACGUCAUCACGCGCUUCACGAUCAACCGGCACUGGGACUCGCUCAACGAGGAGAGCGGCGGCAUGAACGACGUCCUCUACAACUUGUACCACGUCACUGGCAAGGAGAGCCAUCUGGAGCUGGCGCAUCUGUUCGACAAGCCGUGCUUCCUGGGACCGCUCACCAUGGAGGCGGACGAGUUGUCCGGCUUCCAUUCGAACACGCACAUCCCGCUGGUCGUGGGAGCGCAGGCGCGGUACGAGCUGCUCGGAGACGACGCUUACCGGGCCAUGUCGAAGACGUUCAUGGACCAAGUGCACCACACGCACAUGUACUCCACGGGAGGGACGUCCGGCUGGGAGUUCUGGCAGGACCCCCACCGAUUGGGCGACACCCUGCAGCAAGAGAACCAGGAGACGUGUACCACGUACAACAUGAUCAAGGUCGCGCGCAACCUGUUCCGCUACUCACGCGCCGCCAACUACACGGACUUCAUCGAGCGCGCGACGGAGAACGGAAUCAUCGGCACGCAGCGCGGCACGCAGCCGGGCGUGAUGAUCUACAUGACGCCGCUCGGGGCGGGGGUGUCCAAAGCGCGUGGCUGGCAUGGCUGGGGGACGCCCGAGCAGGCCUUCUGGUGCUGCUACGGCUCCGGCGUGGAGCUCUUCUCCAAGCUGGGCGAGAACCUCUACUUCCAGGGACCCGAAUCCAGCGCCAAUUCGCCCCCCUCCCUCUUCGUCGCCCAGUUUCAGUCCAGCACGCUUCACUGGCAAGAGGCAGGGCUCAUCGUUCAUCAGACGACCCUUCAUCCAACGGCCGAGGACGCUUUCCUGAGCGUCACCCUCGAAAUUCAGUCGCACGACACGUCGAGAAAGCGCCACGUGUCAGGGGGCUUUGCGGCGCCGGGAGAUGAGUCGGAGGGGGAGCUUUCGGACGGAGUGGAAGCUACCAUCAACGUCCGCAUCCCUGCCUGGGCUGCUGCGGACGGGCUGGCAGCGUCCGUGAACGGAGACUCCGUUGCCGUGCCGAGCCCGGGCCACUUCUUGGAAGUCACGCGUUUUUGGGAGAGCAACGACACAGUCAAUUUGACGAUCCCGGUUGCCACGUACACCGAGCGGAUACAAGACGAUCGCCCCCAGUUCGCCAACCUGAGCGCCGUCCUCUCCGGGCCUUACCUGCUGGCCGGCUCCACCAAGGGCGACCGGUUGCUUGCCCCGGGGCUAAACGCCAACCAGCCGUCCGACUGGAUCCGCCCGGUAGAGGCCGCCCGACGUGCGCAACUCCGGUCGAUCAGCCUGUUGACCAGCCCGGUUCCAAGCGGAAACGCCGAGAACGAUCUCGCCUUUGUGAGCCACGUGGGCGGCCGCGCCUUCCUAGUUCCCACACCGAACGAGGGAACCGAUGAGGCCGCCGCGGCUACUUUCCGCUUCGCGCCUCCGCUCGCCGACACGUCCAAACGAGGUCCGCCGUCCGAUGAUCAGUACGUCUCGCUGGAGCUGUUCGACACGCCAGGCCAAUUUCUGGUGCACAACGGUGCGGGUCACGCGGUGUUCGUUGCGGACCGGGAGAGGAGCGUCGCGCAGGGCCCCGCGUUCGACGACUUCGCCACCUUCAAGCAGGUCCCUGGCCUGGCCGGCCCGGGCACCGUUUCCUUCGAGGCGCUCUCGGGCCCCGGGCAGUAUCUGUCGGCCUUCGGUUCGGUUCUGGUGCCCGGGCAAGGCCUUCCGGUGACUCUCCAGCCCCGCCAGCCCGACCCCGCGUUCGCGGCCGCUAGCAGCUUCCACGUGGGCACCGGCCUGGCGGCGUAUCACCCCAUGAGCUUCAUUGCAAAGGGUCAGCACCGGGACUUCUUGCUGUUUCCCAUCCAAGCGUACCGCGACGAGAGCUACACCGCAUACUUCGACCACGUCUAGCGGGUGACGCAUCUAGUUUCGCAGCCGAGCGCGUCUUACAGGACUGCUGCCAAGUGUUGAGAGCUCGCGCCUCACGUGUAUUCUAUGAUGAGAUGACAGGUUGAGAAGCCUUCUGUGACAUUGGGAACGACGGACUGAGCUUAAGCAGGGGUGCGUAUCAAAGGUGUAAGAGUAGAUGAAGAAUCAAGGUGCUAGGUGACCCUGUAAACUACGUACUAUAUCCAAACGACUGGUGCCAGAGCUACGCGUAUCUUUAUGAGGCCACUUCAUGGUGGAUCCUGGUCUUUGAUCAUUCGAUUUGACUGUCUCGUACUGGCAACCGUACUCAGAAUUCGGUUGCUUUGGUCACAUGAAAACGCAAGUCGAAAGGCAUAGCUCGAACUUGAAAGAAACAAAGCAAUACGGGGGGAGACGAAAUGCUACCGUACAAAAAUGGUCAGUCUUGGUUUGAGUGUGCACAGGCACCAACUUGUGGAUGUACUGGGCGCACGGUUGGUAUACAGGUCCGAGGUGGACAACGUCGCGGCCCGAUUGGAACCAGAUUACUAAUCGCCGUACAGUUGCACUGACAGCUAGCAAAACUGCAAAUGUAGCGUGACCUUCUGCCGUCACCCUGGCGUUACGUAAGUCAGGAUACUAGGUAUUGCGUAUGCACGAGGGGAUCGGCAUCGUCGCAGACUCGAGCAGCUAGACUCUGGAGCUAGUAACAGGCUAGGGGCCUGGCAGGGCAUGG